ACGAUUCCAUCUUCCCCCUUUUAAUUAUUAAGAGAUGAAUGUGCUUUCGUGAAAAUGGAAAUUGUAGCCUAAUUCAUUAGCAUCUAGGCUACAUCAUAUGACAGUAUAGAAAUGAAGACAUGGCGAUGUGCAAGAUGAAGGUGGUCUGACCGAAAGGAUUCGCGGAUCAUUACAUUUGACCAUCUUAGUUAUGUAAUCUUUUGGGGAGCCCGUUGGGUUGGCCGAGCGGUCAACGUUACGUCGUCACGACGUGUGGUUCUUACACACACGCACCGGGACUUCACAUCUCCAUCAGGGAUGGAGGAGCGCCCGAUAACCAGGAGCCAAGCUGCUGCUCUCCUCACUGUGUCUGAGGACCCCGUGAUGCGGCAGGGAGGGAGACGCUCUCCCUCCGCCUUCGUGCAGCAACAGUGAGACGGGGAUGCGGUUUUCCGGCGGCGUCGGUCGCUGAGUGAGCCUGUUCUGACAGCAGGAGAACACACAUUGGCCGCUCUCUCUCUCCUCGCUGGAGGUAGCACUCGGGAGGCAGAGAGCCAUGGCAGGCGCCAAGCUGACGCCCUCGCCCUCGGAGAUCGACCCGGACGUCAAGACCGAGGUGCAGAAAACUCCUGAGCCCACCUGGGUCAACCCCUCCAACCCUCUCCGGACCACGGGCUCUUUUGGGAGCGAUGCCGGCCAAAGGUAUCAAGAGGAGUACAGUAUGGACUCAACCAAUGCCCAGGUUCAGGUGGAGUUCUAUGUGAACGAAAACACCUUCAAAGAGAGGCUGAAGCUUUUCUUCAUCAAAAACCAAAGGUCAAGUCUGAGAAUCCGCCUGUUCAACUUCUCAUUGAAGAUCCUCACCUGUGCCCUCUACAUAGUGAGAGUCAGUCUGGAUAACCCCAAGGAGAGCAAUGGCAACUCAUGUGCACUUGGUCAAUGUUGGAACAACAGUUGGACUAAUACAGCAGAGUCGACAGAAAUCAACUGGGGGUUGAUUUUCUGGGUUAACAGACGGGUUCCUGUAUGGGCGAUACAGGUGACAGUGGCCUUAAUCAGUUUCUUGGAGACCAUGCUUAUCACAUAUCUCAGCUACAAGGGGAACAUUUGGGAGCAGAUUUUCCAGAUAUCCUUCAUAUUGGAGAUGAUCAACACAGUGCCAUUUAUAAUCACGAUCUUCUGGGCUCCACUGAGAAACAUAUUUGUCCCUGUAUUUCUUAACUGCUGGCUAGCCAAAGGUGCCCUGGAGAACAUGAUCAAUGACUUCCAUCGUGCCAUCCAGAGGACCCACUCUGCCAUGUUCAACCAGGUGUUCAUCCUCAUCUGCACCUUACUGUGUCUCGUCUUCACUGGAGCUUGUGGGAUCCAGCAUCUAGAGAGAGCCGGGAAGCACCUGUCCCUGUUUGACUCGUUCUAUUUCUGCAUCGUCACCUUCUCCACUGUGGGCUAUGGGGAUGUCACGCCACAAAUCUGGCCCUCCCAGCUGCUGGUGGUCAUUCUCAUCUGCGUUGCACUGGUGGUGCUCCCACUGCAGUUUGAAGAACUUGCAUACUUGUGGAUGGAGAGCCAGAAGUUAGGAGGGAACUACAGCCGCCACCGGGCGCAGACAGAGAAGCAUGUGGUGUUGUGUGUCAGCUCACUGAAGAUUGACCUGUUGAUGGAUUUCCUCAAUGAGUUCUACGCUCAUCCCAGACUACAGGACUAUUAUGUGGUGAUCCUGUGUCCAACGGAGAUUGACAUUCAGGUUCGCCGGAUCCUCCAAAUCCCUCUGUGGUCCCAGAGGGUCAUCUACCUUCAAGGAUCUGCCCUCAAAGACCAGGACCUGAUGAGGGCCAAGAUGGACGAUGCUGAGGCCUGCUUUAUCCUCAGCAGCAGGAACGAGGUUGACCGAACUGCUGCUGAUCACCAGACUAUUUUGAGGGCUUGGGCUGCGAAAGACUUUGCACCAAAUUGCCCUCUCUACGUUCAAAUUCUCAAACCAGAAAACAAAUUCCACGUUAAGUUUGCAGAUCAUGUCGUAUGUGAAGAGGAAUUCAAGUAUGCCAUGCUGGCACUGAACUGUGUGUGUCCAGCCACGUCUACCUUAGUCACACUCCUGGUUCAUACCUCCAGAGGACAGGAGGGGCAGUUGUCACCGGAGCAGUGGCAGAGGAUGUAUGGGCGCUGCUCUGGAAAUGAGGUCUACCACAUCCGCCUGUGUGAUAGCAAGUUUUUUGGGGAGUAUGACGGAAAGAGCUUCACCUACGCCUCCUUCCACGCCCAUAAGAAGUAUGGCGUGUGUUUGAUCGGAGUGAAGAGGGAGGACAACAAGAGCAUCCUCUUGAACCCCGGCCCCCGCCACAUCAUGGCUGCCACUGACACCUGCUACUACAUCAACAUCACCAAGGAGGAGAACUCGGCCUUCAUCUUCAAACAGGAGGAGAAGGACAAGGGUCUGUCUGUCACCGGCCUCUACGACGCCCCCUCCAGGCUGCCCGUGCACAGCAUCAUCGCCAGCAUGGUUGAUCAGGCCACUUCAUAUGGCACUGUAGCCAUAGAUCUCCAGAAUCCUGAUCCUCCUGAGGAAAGCAGCAAACUGACCUUGCCGACGGAGAACGGUGCUGGAAGCCGCAGGCCGAGCAUCGCACCUGUCCUAGAGAUCGCAGACUCCUCCGCUAUUCUGCCUUGCGACCUCCUCAGCGACCAAUCAGAGGAUGAGACCAACCAGUCAGACGACGAGGGCUCUGUAGGGUCAGAUUUUGUGAAGGGCUACCCUCCCAACUCACCCUACAUCGGCAGCUCUCCAACUCUGUGCCACCUCCUGCCACAGAAAGCUCCCUUCUGCUGCCUCCGCCUCGACAAGGGCUGUACACAUAGCAGCUUUGAGGAUGCCAAAGCAUACGGCUUCAAGAAUAAGCUGAUAAUAGUGUCUGCAGAGACGGCGGGUAAUGGCCUCUACAACUUCAUCGUCCCUCUGCGUGCUUACUAUCGGCCCAGGAAGGAGCUCAACCCAAUAGUGCUGCUGCUGGACUACCCGCCAGACAACCACUUCUUAGAGGCGAUUUGCUGCUUUCCAAUGGUUUACUUCAUGGCUGGCACUAUCGAUAACUUGGACAACCUGCUACAGUGUGGUAUAAUCUACGCUGACAACUUGGUGGUUGUGGACAAGGAAAGCACCAUGAGCGCUGAGGAAGAUUACAUGGCCGACGCCAAGACCAUCGUCAACGUCCAGACUAUGUUCAGGUUGUUCCCCAGUCUCAGCAUCAUCACUGAGCUCACACACCCGUCUAACAUGAGGUUCAUGCAGUUCAGAGCCAAAGACUGCUAUUCACUCGCCCUCUCCAAACUGGAGAAGAUAGAGCGUGAUAAGGGCUCCAACUUGGCCUUCAUGUUCCGGCUGCCGUUUGCUGCAGGCAGGGUGUUCAGUAUCAGCAUGUUGGAUACACUGCUUUACCAGUCAUUUGUUAAAGACUAUAUGAUCGCGAUUACAAGGCUUCUUCUUGGUCUGGACACCACGCCGGGCUCUGGGUACCUGUGUGCUAUGAAGAUCACAGAGGAGGACCUGUGGAUCAGGACUUACGGCAGACUCUUCCAGAAGCUUUGUUCCUCCAGUGCUGAGAUCCCCAUAGGGAUCUACCGCACCGAGUCGCACAUGUUCUCAACCUCAGAGUGCAAGGACAGUUAUGCACAGUCUCAGGUGUCUAUCAACGUGGAGCAGGGCGUGGAGCAUCGUGAGCGUGGAGAGCCCUGGAAGGAGAAGACGAGCCACAGAAAUUCUACCACAAGCGACCAAUCAGAGCACCCGCUGCUGAGGAAGAAGAGUAUGCAGUGGGCACGGCGACUGAGCAGGAAGAGCGCCAAACCAUCCAGCAGAGCAGAGCGCAUCUCGCAGCAGAGACACAACCUGUACCGGCGGUCUGAGCGGCAGGAACUGUCUGAGCUGGUCAAGAAUCGCAUGAAGCACCUGGGCCUGCCCACCGUGGGAUAUGAGGAUGUUUCUAAUCUCACUGCGAGCGAUGUCAUGAAUCGAGUAAAUCUAGGAUAUUUGCAAGAGUUGCAGGACAUUUCAGAGCACCCGUAUACAGAGGGGACCAGGCUGUCAGGGCCACAAGCAGACGAGAUGAAUGACCACCAGAACACACUGUCCUAUGUCCUCAUCAAUCCUCCUCCUGACACCAUGCUGGAGCUCAAUGACAUUGUGUACAUUAUCAGGUCUGACCCGCUAGCUCAUAUGCCAGAUGACUCACAGGUUGGGCAGCCCCGCAGCACCAGGAACCAGCAGGACUUUGGCACAGAGACGAGAGAUGAGACUCACCUCUGAAACCCCCUUAGUCCUCGACAUCCUGACCGUUGAUCUCUAAGCCCCGCCUGGGCCGACAGAGCUUGUUCAUCUCACACAGAUGAAGGCUUGUCUCGGACCAAGAACAGCAGUCCAUAGUGAAUGAUCAUUAUGUGUCUCAGCCUCAGAACUGAAAUAAUCAACAAGUCAAAAGAUGGCCCUGAGAGAGAGCUGCUGUUUCCCACUGAGCUGCUACAGGAGGAUGCAUGAAGAGUGCCUCGUCAUUGACCCCGACUCCCCUCACGCACCUUCUGUACUAGUACACAUCACCCUCGCAAAACAAUCUGAGAUCAGGCACUUGUAACGGCUCCCUCCAUCCAACCAAAGGUGUGCGAGAUUUGAUCAAUCUUGUGAAAGUUCUUUGGAAGAAUCAAAGGAGUUCUUGUGCACAUGCUGUACUUAGUGUCAAAUCAUUAUUUAACUCAGGGGUGAAGUUGUCCUCGUGCCACGACCUAGGCUGGCUUCCUCUACGCCUGUUUCUACCUAAACUCGCAAAGAACUGAAUCUCCGGGCAACUACACCCUCAUCCACAUUGUAACAAUCCUAUUUUCUAAUAACACAAGUAAACCCACAAGCAUUUACCAUGAAAUUACAACACACGUGCACUUUUCUUAAUUUAUUACAAAAUGUCUGUUUGGUUUUUGUCAGUUUUGUCAUUUUCUUUAUGAGCACAAACGUUUUUACAACAGACGGAGAUCUGUGAAUAUACACACUGUAGUGGCACUUUUAUUGGCUGUAUUAAAAUUGUAAAUAUUUCUCUCUUUGUUUUAGACACUGAUUUCUGUUGUGGUUAUUGUUAAAGAGAGAAUAUUGUUAAUUUGUUUCACUAUUUUACAUGUCUCAAAUCAUGCGUGUUAUAGUUUGUGCCAUUUGUUUUGUUUAAUGAAAUUGCUUUGUAAAUAUAUUUAAAUUGAUUUGUGCAUUAUGUGCCAUUUUGCAUACGUUUUGUGAUAUCAGCGUUAAUGUUCAUCUCACAGCCUGACCAAUAUAUUGGCCUUGCUGAUGUAAUCAGCUGAUUUUAGCUUAUUAGAUGUGUCAGCCAACAUGUAACAAGACAUUUCUAUUCAGAAAUGCUAGUCGUAGUUGUGCAUACUGUUUUGGGACAGUUUGAUAUUUUUGCAGAUAAGCGUAUUCGCAGAAGAGAAGCUUGACACCACUCUCAUAUCUGUAUGAUAAAUUUGAAGCUAGAGCCAGCAGUUUUUCUGGCUGUGGCUGCAUAAUUGACGGACAGACUGACAUAUCAUGAUGAAAUUACUUUAGAAGGUGCAAGGUAGAUUUAUUUAGCAUUUUACAACACAGGGUUGUAUGAGUUAUGAUUAACUUAAAUAAGUCCUAGAAAUAAAACUACUUUACAUGAUGCAGGGCUGAGGAUGAAUUCAAGAAUUUAAAGCUGUGUGGUAUGACAGCAGAUACUUCUGUAUCUCUUGCCAGACAGCCGCAGGGUCAACAGGCUGUGGCAAGGUGGGUACUGUCUUUUAGUAUCUUUUAGGCUCUGCACAGGCAACUCACCGAUAUCACUGAAGCUUGGCAGAUGAGUACCAAUGAUCUUCUGAGCAGUUUCAGUCAUGCGCUGCAGAGCCCUCUGGUCCUGGGCUGUGCACAUCACAUGCCGCUUGAUGUUUCCAGUCAGGAUGCUUUCUAUUGCUCCUCUGUAAAAGCUGACAAGAACUUGGCGUGGGAAUUUGGCCUUUUUAAGCUUCCUCAAGAAAUACAAUCGUUUCUGAGCUUUCUUCAGCAACGUAUAGAUGUAAUGUGACCAUGUCAGGUUCUCCGUGAUGUUGAUCCCCAGGAACCUGAAACUGUUCACCUGCUCCUCCUCAGCUCCACUGAUGUAGAGAGGAGUGUGUUGAUCAGCUCCUUGGUUUUGCUAACAUUCUACAAUAGGUUGUUCUCUGAGCACCACUCAACAAGAUUGUUGAUUUCCUCCCGAUAUGAAGUCUCAUCGUUGUUUAAAGUCCGGUUGAUGGUGGUGUCAUCCGCAAUUGUGGGUGUAUAGAGUGAACAGGAGGGGCCAAGCACACAGCCCUGAUGGGCUUCCGUGUUGAGCACUAAAGUAGAAGAGGUGUGAUCGCCAGUGUGCUGAGUUUGCCAAUUAGUUUCAUGGGGGACAUUGUGUCUGCAGUGUCUAGUCAUUGAGACUAGACACUGCAGACUUUUUAUGUACAGGAAUGAUGGUGACUGUCUUGAAGCAGAUGGGAACCCUCUCCUGAGACUGUGAUAUGUUACAAAUGUCAGUAAUAACAUCUGCUAGCUAAUAGGCAUAUGUUCUUAGUACACAGCCAAGGAUGUUAUCAGGCCCAGCAGCUUUACUCAUAUUCACUAUCAAAAGGACUCUACUCACAUCUGCUGUGGAUACUGACAGUAGCUGGUCCUCCGGAGGAUUCAUCUAUGGUUUUCUGGUUGGGGAAUGAUUUUAUUGUCUUUGUGAACACCACAGCAUCAACACAUACACUGAUGUAUGAUGUCACUGAUGAUGUAUAUUCCCCAAGAUUGAUGUGGCUCUCCUGGGUAGAGGGCUCUCUUAACACUCAGUCCUGUGGAGUUGCUGUAGCCCCAGUAAACAGUUUUUACUGAUGGUUUGACCCUUGUAAUCAGCUGGGUGUAAUUAAGCAGAAGCAGGGAAUUAUGGUCUGAUUGACCAAAAAGAUCUCUUUGAUUAAAAUUACCAGCUGCAAUAAAAACAUCAGGUUGUUUUGUCAUGUGACUGCUGAUGGUAGAGUUACUGUAGUGCAUUUUUCAAAUAUGCAUCUGGAGAAAUGCAAACUGUAACAACAAAAACACUGAACUAACUAGUUAUACUAGUUUUAAAGAGUUGCUGUACAACUGGUGGCAGAAUUGUUUGGCAUAGACUGCGAUGUGCACAGUCAAGUCUAUUUCUACCCUCUAAUGUAUUACUGAAUCUAUUUGGAACGUAUUUGAUGUGAAAAUGAAGUGCUAUCCUCUCCAAAUUGUACUGGGCAUGCCUUGUGUAUAAGGCGGUGUCUGUGUGCAGUUGAAUCUUGAUUUAUCAUUCCUCAUCAUUAAGUUUUGUUAAAUCACUGUAAAUAGUAGCUUUAUACAUUCAUUGUUUGCCAUUUUCAGUCUCUUGUGUGUGAUUCAAGUGUAAGAGGACUUGAACUAUUUUUGCAAUAACCUUUGCGGGGAUGUCUUGGAGCAUAACAGCAUGACCCUUUAAUCUGAAUCUGUACAACAUGGUGCACAGUAUUCAACCAUUCCUGUUAAGCAAAGACAGUCAAAUGUGCAGUAAACACAUCAUGCAUUAUUUAGGUAAGUGCCGUUUUAUCUCUCUGUCAAAGAAAUAUGAAUUGAUAGUAAUGAUGAAGAAGUAACCGCCGUUGGAUUGUUUCCUCUUUGGGAGCAGCCAAGAAUCAGCAUAAGCCUUUUAGUGUUCAAAAGUGUACGUAUUUUGCAGAGUCCCAUUGAAAUGUACUCUUGAUCUUUGCUUUGUAGUCACUCAAAAGUGUCAGUUUACAGGGCAGGAGAACUAUUCAGUGAAAGUGUGAGCGACCACAAUGGCGGAUACGAUCAGUGUUCAGAUCCAUUCAUUUAGUAAAAUCUUAGGUCCUCACUUCACGCUCCACAAAUAUUUCACUUCAGAUCUCCUACUGUCCAUACUUACAAUACCACAAGGGGCAUGUUAACACUUAAAAAGCAUGUUUUGAUAUAUAAGCUUGAACAAGAAUGGUAAUUUUUUUUUACAUUUAGCAGGACAUUUAGCGUGAUGUCCCGUGGCUACAGAAACCCAUAAUCAAGUCAACUGCUUGCAAGUUGGAGCCAUUAUUUGAUACUGUGUAUUUAUAUGAAUGGAAUGUGCAUGUUGUCUAGGUGUUAUCAAAAGCCUAUGUAUUAUGUUGACCUCCACUUUAUGUUUUUAAGUCAUUGUCAAAAAGGGGUUGAUCCAUUUUGUACUAUUUCUUAUGAGAAGUGAGUGUACUUCGACAUAUAAAAUAUGAACAAAUAAAUGCUGCAUGCAGCCAGAUAAAAUGA